AUGUCGACAAAUAUUCGUCAACAAUUCGCUUGUGAUAAGGCUGUCGCCGAUCGAUUCAACUCGUUGGAUCAACGCAACAUUGUACAAUGCCAAUACAUCUGGAUUGAUGGAACUGGGGAGAAUCUUCGUUGCAAGACGCGAUCGAUUGACUUUGUGCCUCAACACCCUGAUGAAUUGCCAGUCUGGAAUUUUGACGGCUCAUCAACUGGACAAGCUCACGGAGCCGAUUCGGAUGUGUACAUCAAGCCUGUCGCCAUUUACCCUGAUCCCUUCCGCCGUGGAAACAACAAGCUCGUGAUGUGUGAGACUUUGGACAACAAGAAGCAACCAACUGCUACCAAUCAUCGGCGCAGGUGCAACGAAAUGAUGGAGAAGUGCAAGGAUCAGCACCCAUGGUUUGGAAUGGAACAGGAAUACACGCUGUGUGACAUCGAUGGACACCCAUUCGGCUGGCCCAAGAAUGGUUUCCCCGGACCACAAGGACCCUACUACUGCGGAGUUGGCGCCAACAAAGUCUACGGACGGGAUAUCGUCGAAGCCCACUACCGAGCGUGCAUUUAUGCUGGAAUCCAGAUCUCGGGAGAAAACGCUGAAGUGAUGCCUGGACAAUGGGAGUUUCAAGUUGGCCCCUCCGAGGGAAUUCAAAUGGGUGAUCAGCUCUGGAUUGCUCGCUUCCUCUUGCAUCGUGUCGCUGAAGAAUUCGGGGUUCUUGCCAACCUCGACCCAAAGCCUAUUAAGGGAGACUGGAACGGUGCUGGUUGCCACACCAACUUCUCCACUCAAGCCAUGCGAGAAGAAGGAGGAAUCAACGAGAUCAUGGAAGCCAUCAAUCGCCUGUCGCUUGUUCACAAUCAGCACAUCGCUUAUUACGAUCCACAGGAAGGCCGAGACAAUGAGCGUCGCUUGACUGGACAUCACGAAACGGCCUCCAUCACCCAAUUUUCGCACGGUGUCGCAUCACGUGCCUGCUCCAUCCGCAUUCCUCGUCAAACCGAUGAUGAGGGCAAGGGCUACUUUGAAGAUCGUCGACCAUCAUCAAACUGUGAUCCAUACAAGGUGACUGCUGCUUUGGUUCGUACAUGCUGUCUAGAGGGAGCCGAACGCAAGCUUUCGAUGAUGUAUGUCCCGUCGCAAGGGAAAAAU